AAGGUCAACGCGCCCAAAAAUAAUGGUACCGUUGCGCGGCGUUGCGUUGCGUGCCGGUCCGACUCGCGUUGUCGAAAUUCCCUCGUCAACAGCGCGCAGCGUACGAGAUUAUACGACGUCCGAACUCCAAACGUUCGUGAUACCGCGGGUAGCGAAAUAAGAGAAAAAACUAGGUAUUCUUCAGUGGCUAACUCCGAGCUCCGGACGACGGAGGUAAUUAACAAAUUACCAAAACAGGAAAUACGCGACGAAAGAAACGUAAAAGAAAAGAAAAGACGUUGCGCGGCUGUUACACGUGCGUCGAAUUGUUGAUCCUAUCAGUCGUGAUGGGCGCAUCGGGUGACUGGUCCGUCGGUCUCGGGAUGGCGCGGGGUACCUGAAAACAUCGACGUCGGCCGAGGCACUGCAUACAGCGUACUGAUCGCAAACAACAGUAUAAUAAUUAAUUCCGAUUUUUUAGUUGUCAAGUCACGGGAAUGCCAUGUCGGAAGCUGUGACUGAUAUAAAACUUUUAUCAGGCGAUAAUCGACUGAGACAGUUGGAAGCAUUAUUUUUAGGAGGUCCAAUACAAGGACAAGGAAAAUGCUUCAGUAUUGAAACCCUUUUAGAUGUUUUGCUUGUGCUAUAUGAUGAAUGUAAUAAUUCUUCUUUACGCAGAGAAAAGACUGUAUCUGAUUUUAUAGAAUUUGUAAAACCUGUGGCAUUAUGUGUUAAGUCAUUGCGUUUGACUAGAGAUGAUUUUGAGACUAUCAAAGUAAUUGGCCGUGGAGCUUUUGGAGAAGUAUGUGUUGUACAUAUGAAAGGAACAGAUAAAGUAUAUGCUAUGAAAAUUCUUAAUAAAUGGGAGAUGCUUAAAAGAGCUGAAACAGCAUGUUUUCAAGAAGAAAGAGAUGUUUUGGUGUAUGGUGAUCGUAGAUGGAUAACUAACUUACAUUAUGCUUUUCAAGAUGAAACAAACCUGUAUCUUGUUAUGGAUUAUUAUUGCGGAGGAGAUUUAUUGACUUUAUUGAGCAAAUUUUUUGAUCGCCUUCCUGAAGAUAUGGCCAGAUUUUAUAUUGCUGAAAUGAUAUUAGCAAUUAAUUCAAUUCACGAUUUACAUUAUGUUCAUAGAGAUAUUAAGCCUGAUAAUGUAUUAUUGGAUGCUAAUGGUCAUAUACGUUUGGCUGAUUUUGGAUCAUGCUUAAAAGUGGGUUCAAAUGGUUUUGUUGAAAGCAAUGUUGCUGUUGGCACACCAGAUUAUAUAUCUCCUGAAAUAUUACAAGCUAUUGAAGAUGGACAAGGUUGUUAUGGACGAGAAUGUGAUUGGUGGUCAUUGGGAGUAUGUAUGUACGAAAUGAUUUAUGGAGAAACUCCAUUUUAUGCUGAAUCUCUUGUACAUACUUAUGCUAAAAUAAUGAAUCACAAGAAUUGUUUUGAUUUCCCAAAUGAUCAAGAAGUACAAGUUUCGGAAGAAGCAAAAGAUUUAAUGAAAAAACUCAUUUGUAGUGCUGAACAAAGAUUAGGCCAAACUGGCAUCAAUGACUUCAAAGAACAUAAUUGGUUUAUUGGUGUAGAUUGGGAUACUAUAAGAGACAGUGUAGCACCAUAUAUUCCUGAAGUGUCUAGUCCAACUGAUACCAGUCAUUUUGAUGUUGAAGAAAUUGAUAUUAAAACUGAUAUAUUUCCUCCUACUCCUUCAAAUCCUAUAUUUUCUGCUCUACAUUUACCUUUUAUUGGUUUUACUUUUACUCAAAAUAGCUUUGUAUCAGAUCUUGGAUCUAUUGGAAAGUCUCUUUCAUCGGGAAAAACAACUAAAAGAAUGCGAUCUCAAGAAAGAAAAAGUGAAGUAGAAGAUUCCGAAGAUCAAUUAAAAAAAUAUAAAGAAAAUAAAAAAACUCAUAAUGCUUCUUUUAGUGAUGAAAAUGAAUUGGAUAUUAUAAUAAAAAAAUUUCAACAAGAAAAAGAAGAACUCCAAAAAGAAAAACAAGAAACACAAGAAAAAUUAAAAGCUCAAGAAAUAGAAUUAAUGGAUGCCAUGGGACAAAAGAACAAUGCUAUGACUGAAUACGGUCAUGUUACUAAUAAGUUAUCUGAACUCAGGCAACACAAACAAAAGCUCUCUAGGCUUGUUAGAGAUAAAGAGGAAGAAUUAGAAGAGGCUAUGUCAAAAAUAGAUAUAUUACGUCAAGAAGUUCGUCGUUCAGAAAAAGUUCGUAGAGAGCUUGAAAGUCGAUUAGAAGAAUCUAUAGCUGAAGUUAUUAAUGAACGUAAACUGCGUGAAAAAAAUGAAGAAUUGUACCAUCAAUAUAAGAGUGAAAUUGAACGAUCUAAUCCACCGUCAUUUGCUAGUAAUAAUUUUGAAACUAAUGAAAAUGCUAACCAAAGAGCAAUGCAAGAAAUAAUUCGAUUGAAAGGAGAGAUUGAACGGUUAGAAGUAGAAUAUAAUGAAAAUAUCAGCAAGGAACAAGCAAAAUAUAAUUUGGAUACUAACAAAUUGAAAGAUCAAAUAUUUGAAAACGAAGUUAUUCAAAAGUCUUUAGAAAAAGAAAAAAAAGAAAGUAAUGAAAUAAUCCGUUCAAUUGAAUUUGAACAUAAAAGAUUGAAAGAUGAAUUACAUGUAAAAAAACAGACUAUUAAUCAAUUGGAAUCUCAAAUAUCAGACAUAAUUCAAUGGAUUAGUGAUGAAAAAGAUGCUAGAGGAUAUUUGCAAGUCUUGGCAGCAAAAAUGAAAGAAGAGUUAGAAUAUUUAAAACAGUGUCCAAAUAAUAAUGGCCAAUCAGCUUUAGAUAAUAGUUGGAGAAAUAGAAGAAGCCAAAAACUUGAUAAAAUGGAACUUUUAAACCUUCAAAGUUCAUUGCAGUCAGAAAUUCAAGCUAAGCAAUCAAUAGGCGAAGAGUUAAGCAAGACUCGAUCAGAAUUAAUUGCAAUGCAAAAAGAAUUAAGAGAUUUUCAUCAGCGGUAUGAAUCUUUGGUAUAUAAUAUGAAAGAUAAAGAUGACAUGAUAAAGGAAUUACAAAAUCAGCUAGAUGCCAGACAAUCCUUUUUAGGUCAAUCUUCAUGUUCACCACUAUCCUAUUUAGAUCACUUUUUAAAUGAAUCUGCAACUGGAAAUAGUAAUAAAUCUAAUUUAAAUGAUAGUAUUGAUAGUUAUGAUAGAAGUUUUGAUGACAAUAAAGCACUAUCAAUUAGAAAGUCUAGCUUUUCAGAUUUCAAUAACACAAACCCUAACAGUUUAAUUUCUGAAAAAGGAAAAUGUCAUCAGUUUGUAGUUCGAACAUUUUCUUCUCCAACUAAAUGCAACCAUUGUACAUCAUUGAUGGUUGGUCUUGUUCGGCAAGGUGUAAUAUGUGAGGUGUGUGGAUUUGUGUGCCACACCAUUUGUUCAGACAAAGUACCAUUGCUUUGUCCAGUGCCUCCUGAUCAAACAAAACGACCAUUAGGAAUAGAUCCCACACGAGGUAUAGGUACUGCUUAUGAAGGUUAUGUCAAAGUGCCAAGAUCUGGUGGUGUUAAAAAAGGAUGGGUGAGACAGUUUGUGGUAGUGUGCGAUUUCAAAUUAUUUCUAUAUGACAUUUCGCAAGAUCGAAAUGCUUUACCUGCAGUAACUGUAUCCCAAGUGUUAGAUAUGCGUGAUCCAGAAUUUGCAGUCUCUUCUGUAAGAGAAUCUGAUGUUAUUCAUGCUGGAAAAAAAGAUAUCCCUUGUAUCUUUCGUAUAACUACUUCACUUUUAGAUCCACCUGGAGUCAAAAAUCAAACAUUAAUGUUAGCCGACACAGAAAGUGAAAAAAAUAAAUGGAUUGUUGCUCUAAGUGAAUUACAUAGAAUCUUGAAAAGGAAUAAUUUACCCAAUACGACGGUAAUAUUUAAAGCAAAAGAACUCGUGGAUAAUACAAUUUCAAUUACCAAAAAUGCCAUGGCUAGUGCUAUAAUUGAUCCCGAUCGUUUAGUAAUAGGAACUGAAGAUGGUUUGUACUGUAUAGAUUUAGAUCAAUUAGAAAUCGCUAAAAUUGGAGAAGCAAAGAAAAUUUUUCAAAUAGAUUAUAUAGCAGAAGAGCAACUUAUUGUUGUAUUAUCUGGUAAACAAAGACAAGUUCGUUUAAUUCCAGUCCGUGCUUUAGAUGGAGAUGAUGUGGAAUGGGUUAAAGUAGUUGAAAGUAAAGGUUGUAUCACAUUUUGCACUGGGCUGAUGAAGAAGUAUCCUGGCAUGACAAAUCUUCAGUACUGUUUGUGUAUAGCUGUAAAACGACAGAAUACUUCUCAGGUGAUUAUUUACGAGGUAACCAGGACUAAAUUGAGGCAUAAGCGACUUAGAGAAAUAAUGCUACCAUCUCAAGCACAAAGUUUAACUGUAUUUACUGAUGGACGGUUAUGUGUCGGCUACCAUUCUGGCUUCAGUGUUUACCAUAUAACUGGAGAUCAUCAUCCAAUCUCUUUGGUACACCCUGAUAAUCACAUGAUGGGUUUCUUAUCAUACUCUGCAAUGGAUGCAAUCAAAGCAAUUGAACUUCCUAGAGGAGAAUUUCUACUCAUCUUCCAAUCUUUAGGUAUUUUUGUAGAUUCUCAAGGUCGGAAAUCAAGAGACAGAGAAAUUAUGUAUCCUAGUGAUCUUAUUGAUGCUAGUUAUUGUGAUGGUCAUUUAUUGAUAUAUAGUGAAACCCAUAUAAAUAUAUUUAAUGCUGAUAGUGGUGAUUGGAUUCAAACUUUGAACUUAAGAAAUUCCCAUCCUAUUAAUAAUACUGGCUCAUUAACUGUGUGUUAUAUUGAUGACUUACCAUGUAUAAUAUACUUGUCCAAUGUACACCAAAGAGAACUAAUCAACAUCAGAUGGAGAGAUUUAACUGGCAGUAUGUCUAUUCCACGAACCAGAAGAAGGUUUUCAGUGCGUGAAGGACAAAAAGCAAUUAGAGGACCUGAUCGAAGGUCAAAAAUAAUAUCAGCUCCUACUAAUUUUAACCAUAUAAGUCAUAUGGGACCAGGAGAUGGAAUACAAAUUCAAAGAUUGCUUGAUUUACCUACAACUGUUGAAACUGCCGAUUCUAUGCCUCCAACUAAACCUCUUCAACCAUUUACUUCUACAACUAAUAAGCAUUCAUUUCAAAUUUCACGAAGUCCAUCGCAGCAACAUUCAACAUUGAGUGACAAGUUCAAAAUGGCAAGAGCAAAAUAUGUGAUUGACAUGACUCGUCAGUCACCUGAAGAAAGUAAAAAUUUAAUAUUACGAUCAGAUAUUAAUAAAACUGUUUAUCAUCCAAUUGUUGGAUCUACUGCAAAAAGAUCUUACAUAAAAAAGAAAACAAUACUCCCACCAAGAACACCAGAAUCUUUUGGAUCUAACUAUUCACAUCAUCACUCAGAUACAGAUCUACCACCAAUGUCUCAUUCAUUAAAUCGCAGCAUUUCAUCUUUAAAUGAAUAUAAAGAUCAUCAGAUUGGUAGUUCAAGGCAUUCUGUAGCUUCAAACAACAGUAGUAAUACAAGUACUCCUCCAAGUCCAAAUCGUGAGCACGGAUCAUCUAGUUACGAUAGUUAAUAGUUAAAUAGUAUAAUACAUGUUUUUUUUAUCAAUAUGAUAGGUUAAACUAUUAUUAUAGGUAUAAUGUGUUAAUUAAUAAUACUAUAGUGUACUAACACAUAAAUAAUUUUUUUUUAUUAAAAUUAUUGAUGGAUAUCUGAAAUCAUUGUGCGAUCAAUUUUUUGAAAUUAUUAACUUGUGAAAACUAAUAAUGAAGUAACAUUUAAGGAUCUCUUUUUACUUUCUAUUUCUUUUUCUAGUUUGAAUUUUGUGAAUUUAAUGAAUUACUUAUAAAAAAAAAUUUUAAUUAAUUUUUUUUAAUUUAAUGUAUAAAGUUCAAGUAUUUAUGUUUAAAAACUUAAUAACUUAACUUUUUAUUAUAGGCCAUUAUACAACAAACAUGUUUCAAAAAGACAAUAAUAUCAAGUUAUGAAUUUAUAAAAGAAUUUUGAACUUAGAUGAAAAAUGGUAUCAUUAUUAUAACUCUAAAUGUUUUUUAGAAAUUAAUAAGAUCCCAAUCUAGAUUUUAUAAGAAUAAGCAUACAACAUUUCACUAUGUUCUAUAACAGAGAUGGGCAACUCAAUGUUUCUAGAGCAGCGGUUCUCAACCUUUUUAGUUUUGCGGACCACUAAUUUUGUAAAAAAAUAUUUGAGGCCCACCCAUAACAUACCUAUAUACGUUUUCAUAAAAUUAUAAUAUAUAUAUUAUAUAUUAUAUACAUAUAUAGACUAUAAAACUAUAUAACAAGGGUGGGCAACCAGUCGAUCACGACUCCCUUUCGUAUUUUCUUGAAUUUUUGAAUUUUUUCUGUAAAUUUGUAUAUCUUAAUAUAUCAACGAAUAUAAAAAUUAUACUUAGAAAAUGCAAUAAAUAACUAUGAAAAAUGAGAUUAUAUACAGAUAUCGAAUAAAAGAAGUGUAACACGCAUGCACAUAUAUAAUAUACAUAUUUUUUUUUUAUUGACAAAUUUUUUUUUUGGUCGAUCGCGACAACCUAGAAAAUCUUGGAUGUCGAUCGCAAGUCUAUUAAAGUUGGCCACCCCUGCUAUAUAAGAUAAAACUACAUUCAAGCGUUUGAUAUGUAUCGUUAAUUGUAUACUUAUUGUACACUAGUUAAAAUUGAUUAAAUAUUAUUAUGAUCAGCAAUAUAACAAAAAAUAUAUAAUAAUAUUAUUUUAAAUAUAUAUAAUAUUUAAUAUUAUACCUAUGGCUUGUGGUCCAGUACCAUGCUGCUCGCGGCCUAUGGCCCAUGGGUUGGGAACCGCUGUUCUAGAGGGCCAAUUUUUUUGAAAGUAAAAAUCUAGCAGUCCAGAGAACAUAGAAAGCAAAAAAAAAAAAAGGUCAAUAAAAUUUACAUUUGACAUUUAUAGUUCAAUGCUAGAUAAGAAUUAUUAUCUAUGUUUUACCAUUUACCAUAAACAAGUUUUAUAAUUAUAAUAAAAUAAAAUACUGAAAAAUUCUGAAAUUUUAUAUUUUUAUAAAGUAAUUUGAAAUGUAGCACGAGCCACCAGGCCUGUUAAAAAUGAAACGCAGGCCGCCAAUUGCCCAUCCCUGUUCUAUAACAAUAUCAAACGAUUCUGGUCAUAAAAUUCUAUUUCAUUGAUUUUGCAUUUAUUUUUAUUUUGUUUUUAUUUGUAAAUGCUCAUUUUAAUUCUAGUCUUGCAUUUUCUAGUUUCUAAUCUUUAUAAACUGUUAAUUUUUUCAUACUAUUAAUAUUCAUCAUUAACACAUUGAUGGACAUACACAUUUUGUAGUUAUUCCCCCUAUGUAAAACCAGACAUUGCUGUUUUUUUCAAAUGGUUUAUAAAUGUUUUCUUGUAUUAAUAGAAUGUACAUUUUUAAUAAUUAACCUUAAGUUCAGCUUCUAGAUUUAUAUACAAUUUUUAAAUUUAUUCCUGUUGAUUUUAAAUGGGUUACUAGAGUUCUAUGAGUAUUUGUCAUAGAGUUGGUAAUAACAUCUUUAUCUUAUAUAUUCUACUUCUGAUGAGUCCAAUUGUUAUUUGAUACAUUUAAAAUUUAAGUUUCAUUUUAUCGCUAUAACAAUAAUGAUCACUUGAUCAAUAUUUUAUAUAUAAUAUCUCCAUCAAUGUGUCAUUUAUACAUAUAUUUUUAUUCUAUUAUUAAAAUCCAGUCAGUAAUUAAAGAUAUAUUUUUAGUGUUUAAUUCGUUCCAAUGUUAUGUGGGAUACUAUUUUUAAAUCUAUUCAAUUAAUUAAUAUUUAUGACUUGUAGUAUGCUUAUAAUUAAUUAAUAAUUACGAAUACAAUAUUAAAUAUUUAAAUGACUAGUGUUCAAAGGAUAAUUUGCUAUGAUAUUUCUUAAAUCAACAUGAAUAAAAAAAAAAAUAAAUUCACUUCCAAUAAUUAAUUAUUAAACAAUAAAUAUAUUUUUUCUAAGUAACCAGGUAUGGUUUUCAACUGAAAUACAUUUAAUAUUAAAACUGUUAAAAGUUAUAAGAUAUAAGUAUUAUUUAAAGUUAUAUAUUUUCAACUAUGAAAUAAUUAUAUUACAUUUUUGUUAUAUGUGUACUGUAUAGGUUUAAUAUAUUUUUGAAUUAAUUUCACAUUUUUUGUAACAAUAAAUCUAUUAAUUGUCAAAUAAUCAAAUAGUCCACAGUAAUUAUAUAACAUUUUUCUAGACAGUUUAAAAUUUUUAAUUUAAUUUUUAUUUGUAUAAUUUUAUUAAAUGUAAAUUAAUUCUAAUUUUAUCAUAAACAUAUUCAAUUUUAGUAGUUUUUUUUUAACUUAAUAGUAUGUGAUACUGCAUGUCAUGUCUAAGUCUUACAACAUAUAAUAAAUCUAUGACCAGCUAAGUACAUUUACUUUCUUUGUUUUAAUAUUACAGUGUAUAAUAAUUUAUUAACUUAUUAACCAAUUGAAAGGUAAAAACAUAUGUGUUCUUUUGUUGGUAAUUUAUUUUUUAUAUUUUAAAACGAGCAAUAAGAAUUUUUAAAUUAUUCUAUUUUACAUACUUAGAACUUGCUUAAAAAUUAAAAUAUUGAAAAAUCACAAAAGAACACUGAUAAAUUCUUACAUUUAAAUUUGUUCAUAGAUUAAUUUACUGUAAUAUUAAAACUAAGAACACAUAAUGUAUACAGCUAAACUCAAAUUUGCUUUGUUAUACAUAUAACACGUGUAGGUAUCACAUCCAUAUCCUUUUAAAAUUAUUAAUGAAUUGUUUAAGGUUGAAAUAAAAUUUAAAAUAAUAGAAUUACAUAAUUACAAACUAACUCUUUUUGCUAAUGGUCUUUGAACACUUGUCAUUACAAUAAUUGUCAUUUGUUGUAAAAAAUCGUCAUUUUGCUCAUUUCUAAUUGUUAUUAUCUAUGUGUAAAAUCCCGUGAAUGAACAAACGAAUUUGUUUUAUUUUUUGUACAAAUAACUUGAUUAAUUUUUUUUUUAAUUAAAUUAAGAAUAUUUGGAACGGUCAGUUAUUAGUGUCUUUCUGAUAUUAAUUUAGUUGGAUUAUUUAUUUUAUGUAAUUGAUACAAUUGAUAAUUAAAAAUAAUUAAUAUUUUUUUUUGUGUACUCGUAUUUAUAAAACAUUCUUUACUUUAUUAUAUUCAUGAUUUUACAAAGCAUUUUUAUUUAACGUAAUAUGUCAUAACGUUGAUAAACAUUUUAUUAUAUACUGUUUAUUAAGUAAAACUAAUAAAUUAUAGUUAAAUAUGGUUUUAUUCUUAUGCUAAAUAAAUACUUAUUAAAUCACUAUCAUAUUAAUACAUAUUCAGAAAGACACUUUAUUUGAUCAUAUUUUGUGUACAGGGUUACCUAUUAUGUACAUUGUUAAAAAAAACUAAUUAUCUAAUUAGAAGGAAAUAUUUUUGAAACUAUAUGACACCAUUUUACAAUUGAAGUCAACUUAUACUAUUUAUUUAAUCAUAAUUUUGUUAAAAAUUAAUUUACAGUAGUUCAUUUAUAGUAAUUUAUCUAAAUUCCAAGAACUAAUUAACUAUAAAAUAAAUUUAUUCACACAUAUUUCAUUAACCUAAACUCUCAGUCCAUUAUAAAAAAUUGUUACAAUUUGAAGGAACGUUAAGAACACUAACAACAAAACAAUUUUUUCACUACAUAAGAAAUAAUAAAAUUAACUAGGCCUUUUUAGAGAAAACCCAUGUUACAUCCUAUUAUGUAAAUAACUUGUUUUUUUUCAUUUUUUAUAAAAACUAAUAAAUUAAGUUGAUAGGACAACAUUUCUUGAUAAUUUUGUACCCUUGUAAACCCACCAAUAAUUUAGAUAACACUUCUCUAAAUUCAUCUAGAUUAUCAAUGUUGUACUGUAGCUUAUUGAUAAAUAUAUACAUGAACUUCAGUUACUCUCUAUGUUAUUGAAUUUUACAGAGCUCACAAAUAAAGCAAUUAAUAUAUAAUAUAUCUAAUCUUAAUUGUUAAAUGUUAUGUAGUAAUUAUAUUCUGAGUGUAAUAAUGCUUUUUAUCCCAUUUCCUUUUAAAUCUAAAAUUUGAUUUUUAGAGUAAUUAUACCAUAAUAAUUCACUAAAUUAUUUUAUUUUAUAAACAAAAAAAAAUUUUUGUAAAAAAAUAACUAAAGAAAAUUAGAAUAAAAACCAUAAGUGUUAAUAUCUAAUGCUAAAGAACAUUACAUAAAACAUGUACAGUGUACACCAUUAUAAUAUGGUUUUUAUUAGUAAUAUAGAUACAUUUUAUGAUACAAUUUACUAUGUGCCCUUUACACACAGAACAUUUUUAGAUAAGCUUAAUCAAAAUAUAGGAAUAAAAACAUUUCUUAUACAUUAUUUGUAGACAUUAAAAGAAUUAACACUUUUUAACACUAAUUGAUAAAUUAGUUUUGUACUAAAAUAGUAUAAAUUAAAAUGUUUGCAGAUAAUUUAUAUAUUUUAAUCUAAAGUUGGAUUUAUUCUUAUUAAAAACUAACACAUUGACAAUAAAAUUUUUGUAUUAAUUAUUAUUGUGCAAUUAAUUUACAUAUUUUAUUUAUAAUAUAUUAUGUAAUUAUAACUUGAUUUGAUGAAUUGACAUUUGUUUAGAAGUUUUAAAUUUCUACUUUUUCAUAAUUCUAGUCUUAAAAACUAUUUAAUUACUGUACAAAAUAAUAUUACCUAAGAUUUUGUCGCGGUUCGGGUUUAUGAUUUAACAAUUGUUUUUAAUAAAUGAUUUGAUUAAAUCCAAUAUUUUAUAUCAUACAAUUAGUAUUACUAAUAUUGAAAUUAAUUAGUUUAUACAUACUAUUAUAUGCUCGUUUUAUAAUUUAGUCUUAGAUCAAUUAUUUUAAUAAAAUGGUUUAUUGCUAGAAAUAUCCGAUUAUUUAUUAUAUUUGUGUAUUCAAAAUAUACCAUGAAUAAAACAUACUAAAAUAUUUUA